CUCUCCGGAAGUUUUAAGGUUUCUACUUCUCGCUCGCGCUCGCCAUCGGCGGUUUCCUGAAAUCCUCUCGAGGGGCGAAGCCAUGAGUUUGAUCUCGACGCGCUUGCGGAUCCAAUCCACAGCUCCAGCAAGUGCAGGUAAGGGGAUUUCUCGGAGCCUCUCGAGCCAGAGCCACAGCCAGGCCGGGAGUCGCCGGCUGAAUCGAUCCAGGUACUAUGCACCUGCACUCGGGUUUCGGAUGUUUGCUGUGAGGGUUAAUUCCAGCGAGAGGGACUUUCUCGAAGCGUUUAGGAGACCGGCUGCUAUUUUUGCUCGCUCUAUCAACCAGUUCAUCGAGAAGCCUCUUCUUGGUUAUUUCUUUGGCAUGAUGUCCGUAGCAAUGGUUUCGCUCCCAACGUCCAUUGGUGCUGGGAUUAUGCUGCUGUCUUGUAUCAGCGCGGCUCAGCUUUCUAAUUAUGCUACAUCUCUGAUUGACCCAUCAGUGGCUCCUCUGAGUAUUGUCAUGACAUCAUUAUCUACCGCUACGGCUGUUUUUGUGACCCCUUUAUUGUCACUUCUUCUCAUUGGCAAAAGAUUGCCCGUCCAUGUGAAAGGAAUGGUUUCCAGCAUUUUGCAGAUUGUCGUCACACCCAUCGCUGCAGGGCUGCUUCUGAAUAGGUUAAACACUCGCCUUUGCUACGUACAUUUGCUAGGGAGUUUCAGUAGUUUAAUAUCUCAUAGUUUGCUUUUGGGUUCUUCCCUUGGAUUUCUAAUGCCAUACGACCACUUUUGCCGCCACUCUGUCUUUGUGACGGCUCUAUGCGUUGGAGCACCUCUUGUGAUGAACGUCGAUUCCAUCAUUUCUUCAUUUGGUUUGACGAUCUUGUCACUCGUAAUUGCAUUUCAUCUGAUUGCAUUCGUCACUGGAUACUUCCUUCCCGGUUUCUUCUUCCGGAAGGCUCCUGCUGUAAAAGCAUUGCGGAGAGCACUAUCCUUUGAGACAGGAAUGCAGAGCAGCCUUCUUGCGCUCGCUCUAGGAAAUAGAUUCUUUCAAGAUCCACUUGUGGCUGUGCCUCCAGCUAUCUCUCCUGCAUGUCUGAUGAUGCGUGCAGAUAUUUGAGGAGCGGCCACAAAAUUAAGGUUAGGGGUCGAGGAAAACCGACGACGACGACGAGACAAGAGAUGGAGGAUGGAAUGGGAUGAUGGCUGGCUGGAGAUCGCAGUGAGCGCAUGAAGGAGGAAGAUGGAAGAAGCAGGGCGGAGGAGACUCGUCGGCUUCAUCGCUCUAGGGUCUCCUUUCUCUCUCUCUCGGAGCAGGCCAGUCUCUCGCAAGGCGCGUGAUAGCGUACACCGACCCGCACCCUAACACAACCCACAGCGGAACACGCGUUUAACAUUGAGCUGAUGUUUAGACCCGAAUAAUAGGCCUCUUUGUCCUUCUCUCUCCCCCAAAUUGAUGGUCACACCUGAAUAAUAGGACCUCUCGGUAGGGGUGAUCGUUCCCGGUUCGGUCCGGUUCCAAGGUGGAACCGGGAACCGGACCGGGAGAAUCGGUUCCCAAUUUUGGGAACCGUGGACCAGACCGUUGGUCUUAGGACCGAGAACCGGACUGAACCAUCGGUUCCGGUCCGGUCCGGUU